AUGAGCUAUGAUGACCUUGUUAGCUCUAUACUGCUGAAACUUGGUCUGGAAGGUGUGAAACAGGUUAAGAAAUUUUUCUAUUGCAUUCCAAUCACUGUGCCCCAAGAAAUCGUGAAGUAUGAUUGUUUCACGAUCGGGAGUGAUGAGGACUUGCAGGUCAUGUUUCAUUGUCGCCGGCAAUUUCCCGAAGUGAGGACACCAGAGCUGUUGGCAAAGCUGGUUGAUGUGGUAUCCUGCUCGGGGGGUUCGAACCGGAAUACCGCCACUUUAGCCACGGUAGCUGGUUCUAGCUCCAGACCUGCCGUUGCUUCUUCCUCCGUCCCUGUGUACGAGCCACCCAUCCAGCCUGUCGCCUCUCCUUCGUUCGCUGUUGAUCUCAACGGCAGUGUUGGCGAUGAGUGUGCUGCAUCGGCUGGUGUUGGAAAUGGAUUGUUGGAUGAUCCAGAGGACGAUGAUGUCGAGCCAGAUAUGAUUGCUGAUGACAGUGGCGAUGAUAUUGGAGCGAGUGAGCCUGUAGGGGCGGGAGGUGGUUAUAGCUCUGCCACACAGCAGUACCCUCCACAUUUUUUAUCGUUGGACCUGGAUGCCAUGAGGCAGGAGGGGGUUCCUGGGCAGCCUGCUGGAUUUGGCGCUAGAGAUGCGGAAGGGUCUGCUGGUCUAACAGAGUUCCAGGUUGGUCAGCAAUUUCAGGAUAAAGAUGAGGCCAUGUUAAGUGUGAAGGCUUACAGCAUCCGCCGACGGCUACAGUACAACGUAGUGGAGUAUGACUAUCGCCGGUAUGUGGGCAAGUUUCUGAGUUUGGGAAUGGGUGUACAUGGUUGA